AAUGACUUGCCACGUUGUUUAUUUAUCUCUUUAUUUUCCUUCUAAGUUUCAAAGUUUUCUUCUCACACAUCAUUCAUUCCUCAAAUGUUAUGACAGUUAUGUUUUAUGUUAUGUUCAUGCAUUCCACCACUUCAUAACUUGUUCUCUGGACCUGUUCCUUUCCUUCUUGUUGGCAUCAAACGUUUGUGUUUUUCCUAGUUUCACUGUUCUCUUAUAGUAAAGCGUGCACCUUGAAGAUUUGAGACGGUUUAAAUUGGAGUCUUGGGGAUAAUAAUAACAUGUUACCUUAUAUGUGAGAAGAAAUUACAAUGUGCUGGUGCUAGUGUUUUGAUAUUUGAGUUCGGUGCGUUCUGAAUUAUUUAUGUUUGGCGACAUGGGAAGACAAAGUCCUGGAAAAUGGAUCAGAAACUUACUUCUGGGGAAGAAAUCAUCAUCAAAGUCUAAGUCUUCAAGAGAGAAAGAUAUUUAUAAACCUUCAAGUAACAAGGAUGUUCUGGUGGUGUCUUCCGAGACAUCCAUGUCUACUCCAACAUCUGGAGCCAAUGCUAUUAAAGGAGUGCUAUCAGAAAAGGAAGUAGUUAGUGUAUCAUCAAAUGAUGGGGUAAUUCUUUCAAUUGAAGACAAACAGGACAAAGCACAAUCACUCGCUAAUAUUGGUUCUGGGGACCAUCAUGAAAAAAUCGGGCAAAUAGAAGCAGCUAUAAUAGUUCAGGCUGCUAUUAGAGGCUAUCAGGCGCGUGGGACAUUUAAAACUCUCAAAAGUGUCAUACCACUGCAAGCUUAUAUUCGUGGCCUGUUGGUUCGACGACAAGCUGUUUCUGCUUUAUAUUGUGUGCAGUCAAUAGUUAAAUUUCAAGCAUUGGCUCGUGGGUACAAGGUUAGGCACUCCGAUGUUGGGCUUGCAGUCCAGAAAAUUUUUAAGGAUACUAAACUUCCGAAUUUUAUUGGAGUAGAUUCAACCACACAGGCAGGGAAGCUCUCGGAUAGUAUCUUUAUUAACAAGCUUCAGGCUUCAUCACCCUCUUCUGUUUCUCCAAAUCUCAAAUAUAAUGCUGGUGAACCUAACUUGGCUUGGGAGUGGCUUGAUCGCUGGACGAAAUCACACUUUUGGGUACCUCUUCGAGAAGCGCGGAAACCUGAUUCAAUGUCUGAUAAGAAAAAUGGAAGUUGUCAAAUAGUUGAAACUAACAAGGGUCAAGUUAAAAGAAAUGCCAGGAAAGCACCUUCUGUGAGGGCUGGUGAUGAUUCAGUUUCAGAUUCUAACAAACAUAAAUGCUAUCCGAAAAAGGAUUCAAACCUCCCAUUGCAUUCAGCCAAGGAACAUCCACAAAAGGAUCUUGAGAAAAGGAGUUCUAAAAAACCUCAAAUUCAGAAUGGUUUUGAUAAAUCCGAGGUUGCUAAUAAGAAAAGAACACACAUCACAAGAACAGUUUCAGAUCAUACAACAGUCACUGAUGUUCAAGAGGAUGAUGCUGGUGCUCCUUCAAAGAAGUUGGAAGGUUUGGCAGUGUCAGAGUCAAAACAGUCUGAUCUUGAAAAAAGUUUAGGACAGCAAACAGAAGAGCAUGAUACUAAUGAGUCAUGUAACGAUACUAAUGCUCCCUUGCAGUCUAGCUUGGUGAAUGGUAAAGAUGGAGAAUUCAUUGAGGACUUGAAUAAUGUAAAUUCAAAGAAUUUCCAGAGAAGAGCUUCCCUGCCAGCUAAUUUUGCAGAUCAUGAAAAUCUGUUACAUAAUAACACUCCAAGACGCCCUAGUUAUAUGGCUCCCACUGAAUCUACAAAAGCUAAGCUAAGAGGACAUGAACAAGGCUCUCCAAGGUCUGUUAGCGAUUUGGCGGACGUAAGUAGUAUAACCAGGCGGCUUUCACUUUCGUCUUCGCUUAAUGGCAAGCUAGGUUCAUUCCCUCCAUGGUCAGAUAGAUUGGCUGCCUUGAGCAACAAGAUAAGGACCAACAGAUCUCUAUCAUCUUCAAAGGAUGGCACUGAUAAAUUGAUCCAACCUAAGUGGAGAAGGUGACAUUGCAUAAUCUUUCAGAUCAAAGAUGCUGCAAGGAGGUACAAUUAAUAGAGUGAACUAUAUGCUGACUUUGCCUUUCUUUACUUAUCAUUAUUAUUUAUGAUCAUAAAUAUAUGGAUGGAUAUAUCGUGUAAUCAGGGUCUGUGACCGUGUAUCAAAUUUAUUUUACUUAAUUUGUUGGUGCGUAUAUAUGAACGGAUCUCAGCUCUUGCAUUGGUUUCUCUGCUUAGUGUUUUGUACUCCUCAAACAAUUGUUUCAAGGAAUGCGAUAAUUUCAGAUUUUGAUAAAA